AUGCCUCGGGGCCAGAAGAGUAAGCUUCGUGCCCGUGAAAAACGCCGCCAGGCUCGAGAAGAGCCAGGGCAUCUGGCAGCUGCUCAAGCCAGUGUACCAGAGGAGAAAGAGUCCCCCUCUUCUCCUUCUCCUCAAUUCAAAGAUGCUCCCCAGAGCUCACCUGCCACUGGAACACCCAGCAAUCCUCAAGUUACUGGGAGAGUCUGCUCCACCAGCACUACUGCUGCAACUGCUUCAAACGCAAGAUUUAAUGAAGGUGCCAACAAUCAAAUGGAGGAGAAGCCAAAUGCCUCACAGGCGAGGGGUACCACUGAGCACUGGAAUAGAGGUCCUAUAGAUAAGAAGGUUGCUAUGUUGGUAUACUACCUGCUGUACAAGUAUCAAAUGAAAGAGCCCAUUACCAAGGCAGAUAUGCUGAAAAAUGUAAUCCAGAUUUAUAAGAAUCACUUCCACGAGAUCCUCCGGAAAGCCUCUGAGCACUUGGAGCUGGUUUUUGGCCUUGACGUGAAGGAAGUGGAUCCCAACAGGAACAUCUAUGUUCUUGUCAACAAAUUGGAAUCCAGCUAUGAUGAGAGAGUAAAUGAUAAUGGAGGUGUGCCCAAGACUGGCCUGUUGAUGACCGUCCUGGGCGUGAUCCUCACAAAGGGCAACUGUGCCACUGAGGAGCAAGUCUGGGAAGUGCUAAAUAUGAUGGGGUUAUAUGAUGGAAUGAAGAAUUUCAUCUAUGGGGAGCCCAGGAAGCUCAUCACCAAAGAUUGGGUGAAAGAAGAAUACCUGCAGUACCGGCAGAUAGCCAACAGUGAUCCUCCACGCUAUGAGUUCCUGUGGGGUCCCAGAGCCCAUGCUGAGACCAGCAAGAUGAAAGUCCUAGAGUUUGUGGCCAAGAUCCAUGAUACCGUCCCCAGUGCCUUCCCAUGCUGGUAUGAAGAGGCUCUGAGAGAUGAGGAAGAGCGAGCCCGAGCCAAGGUUGUAGCCAAGGCUUCUACUGCUGCUAUGGCCAGUGCACGCUCCAGGGCCAUGGCUAGCAGCUUCUCCUGCCCCAAGUGA